AUGUCAGAUGCAUUAUUCGAUAAAAAUUUUGUUUUCUGUUCAAUAUGUCAUCAAAGAGCUGCUACAGGUAACCCAUUAAUUUUGACUUCAUGUGCGCACAUUUUAUGUGACAAACAUUUAUCUAUGGACAAUAUAUGUCCAAUUUGUAAAACAAAUGAUAUCUCGACUGUCAGAUUGGUGGAGCAACAGACAUUACCUAACGAUGUUAAAUUAUUUUUUCAGCCUUUACCCACCCUAAUAGAGAAUAUAUAUAAUAUCUCAAUAUUUCAAAUCAAUGGUUUAAAUGAACAGAUCCACUAUUAUCAAUCUCAUUGUAUCAAACUGAGAGAAAAAGUUGCAAGACAGCAACAAUUACUGUAUCAAGCUAAAAAUGAACUUGAUAAGAUACCAUUAUUAAAACAAAAAAUUCAAUACUUAGAAGACUCAAUACAGUCUAUAACUAGAAACGUUUCUACCACGAAUAAAAAUAAGACUCCAGUUACAAAAGAUCAUUUAAAAGGAUCCAAACAUAAGGUGUCUUCGUUUUUUAAUAGAAAAACUAAUACCAGUUUUGGCUUAAAUAGUACAGAUUCUUAUGUACAAACUCAGCCACCACCAACUGUCGAUUUAACUAUAGACAAUGAUGAUUACAACGAUCAACAACAACAACAAAAACAACAGCAGCAGCAGAAUUUUGUUUCUAAACUUAGAAGGUCUCAAGCACUACGACACAAUACUCAAAAAUCACUUCAAUAUAAAGAUUUCUCAAAGGAAAAGGAUCAGAAUAAUAGAGAUCUAUACAGCAAGAAUAAGAGAAGUACUAAUGUAAGAGCCAAUACUAUUAGCCUAAGUUCAUAUAAGAACGGACAGAUAAAUAAUAAGAGAAACCUUAGAAUAAAUGAUAGCAUAGCUAAUACCAACGGCCAUACAGAUGGUCUUAAAUUAUAUGAUGAUUUGAUAGCAGCAGAAUCUACACAAAUUAAUAAAUUUAAUUCAAGCUCUGAAUAUAUUUUACAACCCACACAGAAUACUUUUUCUCCAGAACGAAUACAAUUUAAAACUGGUAUACAAUCACCUAGGUCAAAUAAUAAUAAUAAUAAUGAAAAGUAUGGCCAUCAUUAUACUGAAAACAAUAAACAAUAUCGUGAGAAUGAUAUCCCUAUGUUGAAGUGCAAAAAAGCAAACUUGAUUACACCCCCUGAAAAAAAUUUGUCUUCAAAUACUACAAAUAAUAAUUCACAAAUCUAUAAUGAUAAAACUCAAAGGAAAAGAAUGAAUACCACAUUGGUAUCAGGACGAAUACAUUUUCCUACACCUUUAGAAAAAUUAAAAAUUGGUAAAAGGAAACCAAUAACUAAUAAUUCGCCAACAAUGGCCCAAUAUUUAAAGCGAAGAAGUGCCACAUCUCAAAUUAUCCUACCGAGCAAUUUUGCUAAUAAUAAAAACACAAUAAACAAUGGUAGUAUUGGUAACAAACAACUCUAUAGAGGGCAAACAUCCACUAAUAAUUAUAAGUAA